AUCAUUUUAAGAAGGAUGGAUCUGUCAGAGCUUGGAGACGCUGCAGCCUUCCUCAGAAGAAGUGAGGCUGAGCUGCUUCUGCUGCAAGCCAUGGCCUUUGAGGGUAAGAAGAAAUGCUGGGUUCAUGAUGGCAAGAAUGCUUAUAUUGAGGCUGAAGUAAAAGGGAGUGAAGAUGGAAAAAUAAUUGUUGAGACUGCAGAUGGGAAGAGUCUGAGUGUCAAGGAGGACAAAAUCCAGCAGAUGAAUCCUCCAAAGUUUGAAAUGACUGAAGACGUGGCAAUGCUGACUCACCUCAAUGAAGCAUCCGUGCUGCAUACUCUGAAGAGGCGCUAUGACCAUUGGAUGGUCUAUACAUAUUCAGGUCUCUUCUAUGUGACCAUAAACCCUUACAAGUGGCUUCCAGUGUAUCAGAAAGAAGUCGCGGCUGCCUACAAAGGGAAGAGGCGAUCAGAGGCUCCCCCUCACAUCUUUGCCAUUGCCGAUAACGCCUUUCAGGAUAUGCUUCACAAUCGAGAAAAUCAGUCUAUACUCUUUACAGGAGAAUCCGGUGCUGGAAAGACUGUGAAUACCAAACAUAUUAUCCAGUAUUUUGCCACCAUAGCAGCCAUGAGAGAAUCCAGAAAAAAGCUGAGGACUUUAGAAGAUCAUAUCAUGCAAGUGAAUCCUAUCUUGGAAGCAUUUGGAAAUGCCAAAACCCUGAGAAAUGACAACUCCUCUCGUUUUGGAAAAUAUAUCAGGAUGCACUUUGAUGCCAGAGGCACACUGUCAUCUGCAGACAUGGAUAUCUACUUGCUUGAGAAAUCCCGAGUGAUUUUCCAGCAGCCUGGAGAGAGGAACUACCACAUAGUCUAUCAAAUUCUGUCUGGAAAAAAAGAACUUCAUGACAUGCUCCUGGUGUCUGCAAAUCCUUCUGACUUUCACUUUUGCUCCUGUGGAGUAGUUGCCGUGGAGAGCUUGGAUGAUGCUGAAGGACUGCUGGCUACAGAACAAGCCAUGGACAUCUUGGGCUUUCUUCCUGAUGAGAAGUAUGGAUGCUAUAAACUCACUGCAGCCAUCAUGCACUUUGGAAACAUGAAAUUUAAACAGAAACCCAGAGAAGAGCAAGCGGAAGCAGAUGGCACAGAAAGUGCUGACAAAGCUGCUUUCCUCAUGGGCAUUAACACUUCUGAGUUGGUGAAGGGAUUGAUCCAUCCUAAAAUCAAAGUUGGUAAUGAGUAUGUUACCGGAAGUCAAAAUGUAGAACAGGUAAUCUAUGCUGUUGGUGCCUUGUCCAAGUCAAUAUAUGAAAGAAUGUUUAAGUGGCUGGUGGCAUGUAUCAACAGAGCCCUGGACGCCAAGCUGUCAAGACAAUUCUUCAUUGGCAUUCUUGACAUCACUGGUUUUGAAAUCCUUGAUUAUAAUAGCCUUGAGCAACUUUGCAUUAAUUUUACCAAUGAAAAAUUACAACAGUUCUUCAAUCAGCACAUGUUUGUUCUGGAGCAAGAGGAAUACAGGAAAGAAGGCAUCGACUGGGUGUCCAUUGACUUUGGUCUGGAUUUGCAAGCCUGCAUAGAUCUCAUUGAGAAGCCAAUGGGCAUCCUAUCCAUCCUUGAAGAGGAAUGUAUGUUUCCCAAGGCUACAGACAUGACUUUCAAGACCAAACUCUUUGACAACCAUUUUGGAAAGUCGGUUCACCUCCAGAAGCCCAAGACUGAUAAGAAGAAGAAAUAUGAAGCUCACUUUGAACUUGUCCAUUAUGCAGGAGUGGUUCCUUAUAACAUCAGUGGUUGGCUUGAAAAGAACAAAGACCUUCUUAAUGAAACGGUGGUGGCUGUAUUUCAGAAAUCUGCCAACAGAGUCCUGGCAAGCCUUUUUGAAAAUUACGUCAGUGCUGACAGUGCUGUACAGUUUGGGGAGAAGAAACGCAGGAAAAGAGUUUCAUUCCAAACGGUUACGUCUCUGCAUAAAGAAAACAUAGAUAAAUUGAUGACGAAUCUGAAAUCAACAGCACCUCAUUUUGUGAGAUGCAUAAAACCCAACACAAACAAGAUGCCAGGUGUGAUGGACCCUUACUUGGUUUUACAGCAGCUGCGUUGUAAUGGUGUCUUGGAAGGAAUUCAGAUAUGCUGUAAAGGUUUUCCAAACCGACUGCCAUAUGCUGAUUUUAAGCAAAGGUACUGUAUUCUGAACCCAAGGACCUUUCCAAAGAACAAGUUUGUGAGCAGCAGAAAAGCAGCUGAAGAACUACUUGGCUCCUUAGAGAUAGACCAUACACAGUACCAAUUUGGAAUCACUAAGGUGUUUUUUAAAGCUGGCUUUCUGGGCCAACUGGAAGCAAUGAGAGAUGAGAAACUAUCUAAAGUUUUCACCAUGUUCCAAGCUAGAGCACGGGGCAAACUGAUGCGAAUCAAAUUCCAGAAGAUUAUGGAAGAAAGGGACGCACUGCUUUUGAUCCAGUGGAACAUAAGAGCUUUCAUGGCUGUGAAUAACUGGCCCUGGAUGAGGCUCUUCUUCAAGAUCAAGCCCCUUGUUAAAUCUGCAGGAGUGGGAGAGGAGACAGCCAGACUGAAGGAGGAGUGUUUGCGACUACAUAAAGCCUUGGAGAAAUCAGAAUCUCAGAGGAAGGAACUGAAAGCAAAGCAAGUCUCCCUCAACCAGGAGAAAAAUGACCUGAUUCUUCAGCUGCAAGCAGAGCAAGAGACCCUGGCAAAUGUUGAAGAGCAGUGUGAGUCGCUGAUUAAAUCCAAGAUCCAGCUGGAGGCCAGAGUCAAGGAGCUUUCAGAUAGGGUAGAGGAAGAAGAGGAGAUAAAUUCUGAGCUGACUGCCAGGGGGCGGAAACUCGAAGAUGAAUGUUCUGAGCUGAAGAAAGAAAUCGAUGACCUGGAAACAAUAAUGGCGAAGUCAGAGAAGGAGAAGCACGCUAAGGAGCAUAAGCUCAAGAACCUGACUGAGGAGGUGGAGUUUCUCAAUGAGGAUAUUAGCAAACUUAACAGAGCAGCCCAGGUUACACAGGAGGUCCAUCAGCAGACCCUGGGUGACCUGCACGUGGAGGAGGAGAAGCUCAGCGGCCUGGGCAAAGCAAAUCUAAAAUUGGAACAGCAAGUUAAUGAGCUUGAGGGUGCCCUUGAGCAGGAGAGAAAAGUGAGAAUGAGCUGUGAAAGGGAAAUGCACAAACUGGAGAGCGAUUUAAAGCUGAACCAGGAAAGUAUGGAGAACCUGGAAAGCAGCCAGCUGCAGCUAGCAGAAAAGCUGAGGAAGAGAGAAUUAGAAAUGAGUCAGAUGAAUUCAAAGAUGGAAAAUAAGAAGGGCCUGGUGUCUCAGCUGCAGAAAGUGGUUAAAGAGCUUCAGACUCAGAUACAGGAUUUGAAAGAGGAACUGGAAGCUGAAAAGACCACUAGAGCCAAGGUGGAAAGAGAGAGAGCUGCCCUCACCCAAGACCUGGAAGACUUGAAUGAGAGGCUGGAGGAGGCAGGAGGGGCCAGUUUGGCUCAGCUGGAAAUAACUAAGAAACAGGAAACAAAAUUCCAGAAGCUUCGCCAAGACAUGGAGGAGGCCAUGCUGCACUUUGAAGCAACUUCUGCCUCUUUGAAGAAGAGACAUGCAGACAGCCUGGAUGAGCUUGAAGGCCAGGUAGAAAAUCUACAGCAGGUCAGGCAGAAACUAGAGGAAGACAAGACUGAUUUGCAGCUACAAGUGAAUGACCUCCUGACCCGUGUUGAGCAGAUGACCAGAGCUAAGACUCAUGCUGAGAAGCUCUGCAGUCUGUAUGAAGAGCGCUUGAAGGAAGCAAAUGCAAAACUAGAUGAGAUGACUCGGAUGGCAAAUGACCUGACAGCGCAGAAGACCAAGCUACAGAGUGAGAGUGGCGAGUCGCUAAGGAGGCUGGAAGUGAAGGAGGCUGUGAUAAGCCAACUUUCCAGGGAAAAGAGCACCUUCACUCGGCAGAUUGAAGAACUCAGAGGACAACUGGAGGAGGAGACCAAAUCACAGAGUGCCCUGGCCCAUGCUCUGCAGUCAGCCAAGCGUGACUGUGACCUUCUACGAGAGCAGUACGAAGAAGAACAAGAGGUCAAGGCUGAGCUGCACCGUGCCCUAGCCAAAGGCAGUGCUGAAAUUGUGCAGUGGAGAAUGAAGUACGAAAACCACGCCCUCCAGAGAACGGAAGACUUGGAGGAUGCCAAGAAGAAGCUGGCAAUUAGGUUGCAGGAGGUGGCUGAAGCCAUGGAGGUGGCCAAUGCCAGAAACGCCUCCCUGGAGAAGACCAGGCACCGACUGCAGCUCGAGCUCGGGGAUGCCCUGUCUGACCUUGGGAGGGCUCGAUCUGCAGCAGCCAGGCUGGACCAGAAGCAGCAGCAGUCUGACAAGGCCCUUGCAGACUGGAAGCAGAAGCACGAAGAGUCCCAGGAGUUGCUGGAUGCCUCUCAGAAGGAGGUCCGGGCCCUGGGCACGGAGCUCCUCAAGUUCAAGCACGCCUAUGAGGAGAGCACCAUGGGCCAGGAGAUGCUCCAGAGGGAGAACAAGAAACUGCAAGAAGAAAUUUCUAAUCUGACAAAUCAGGUUAGAGAAGGAAACAAGAACUUAAUUGAAAUGGAAAAGGUCAAGAAACUGAUAGAACAAGAAAAGAGUGAAGCCCAGGUGACACUGGAAGAAGCAGAGGGAGCUCUGGAGCGUAAUGAGAGCAAGAUUCUUCAUUACCAACUCGAACUCUUGGAAGCUAAAUCAGAUCUUGAAAGAAGGCUUUCAGAAAAAGAUGAAGAAAUAGAAAAUUUUAGGAGGAAACAACAGUGUGCUAUUGACUCCCUGCAGUCUAGUCUGGAAUCUGAAGCUAGGAGCAGAAUGGAGGCUACCCGGCUGAAGAAGAAGAUGGAAGAAGACCUCAAUGAGAUGGAACUUCAGCUUAGGUGUGCCAACCGGCAGGCGUCAGAGGCAAACAAAUCCCUGGGUCAGCUUCAGAUUCAAACCAAGGACCUUCAAGUGCAGCUGGAUGACAGCACACACCGGAACAGUGAUCUGAAGGAGCAGGUGACUGCGGCUGAGCGGCUCAACUCUCUUCUUCAGUCUGAACUAGCGGAGCUGAGGUCCUUGCAAGAGCAAACAGAGCGAGGGUGCAGGCUGGCAGAAGAAGAGCUCCUGGAAGCCACAGAAAGAAUCAAUCUUUUCCAUACCCAGAACACAAGCCUCCUCAGCCAGAAGAAGAAACUGGAGGCUGAUGUUGCCCGGUUGCAGAAAGACACCGAAGAGGCAGUGCAGGGGUGUCAAAAUGCAGAAGAGAAGGCCAAGAAGGCAGUCACUGAGGCAGCAAACAUGUCAGAAGAACUGAGGAAGGAGCAAGACACCAAUGCCCACUUGGAGAGGAUGAGAAAGAAUAUGGAGCAGACAAUUAAAGACUUACAAAAAAGGCUGGAUGAAGCUGAGCAGACUGCACUGAUGGAGAGUAGAAAGCAAAUCCAGAAACUAGAAUCCAGGGUUCGUGAACUGGAAGGUGAACUGGAGGGCGAAAUCUGUCGCAAUGUGGAGGCCCAGAGGGGAUCCCGCAGACUUGAGCGAUGUGUCAAAGAGCUGACCUAUCAGGCAGAGGAAGACAAGAAAAACCUGGGCCGGAUGCAGACUCUGAUGGAUAAACUUCAGCUGAAAAUGCAAAGUUACAAGCAGCAAGUCGAGACAGCAGAAUCACAAGCCAAUCAAUAUCUUUCCAAGUAUAAGAAGCAGCAACAUGAGUUGAACGAAGCAAAGGAAAGGGCAGACAUAGCAGAAUCUCAAGUCAAUAAACUCAAGAUUAAAGCAAAAGAGUUUGAAAAAAAGGUUCGUGAAGAAUAAGCAGCCCCUGCUUUUAAAGGACAAUGACUGGAGAGGUACAAGGAAGGUGCUGUUUCAUGGCC